UGCAGAGCGCAAUCCUCGAACCAACGGGACGGCAUUGUUCGAAGCGAUACAACAUUCACAGUCAACUUACAACACGGCAUUGAUCACCUUCAUCACAGCAAUGGCUAAAUCAAAAGAGGCUUCGAGGCCAAGCCCGCUUAGUCAGGAACGAGUGCAGGAUUCAAGCGACGAGAAUGAAUCUCAGUCUGCUGAAUCCGAGUCAGAAUCAGGAUCGACGCAAGCUUCUUCAAGUGACGAGGAAGACAAAGGCCCCCCAAAAGUCAACGGACAGGAUGAUUCAGAUACCGAGUCCACAUUAAGCCCUGUCGUACGCCAAAAGAGACCAUCGCCCGGUGUCACUCAAAGCUCAAGGAAGAAAGCCAAAACGAACUCACAAACCGUUCAGAUCGCUGCAAAGCCCUACAAAGCACCAAGCGGCUACGAACCGCUCACAAUGACAGCUUCCGACUAUGCUGCUGAUACUGCGACUUUGUUUGACAACUUGACCGGCAAGCAGAUAUGGCACAUCUCGGUUCCUGAUACCGUCACCAUUGACUCCAUCAAAGAGCUCGACAUCCAGGCGGUCCUAAAAGGAGAACCAAUCGUGAGCAAAAAUGGAGUCGACUACAACAUGCAACCUGUACCGCCCAGGAACGAGACUGUUCUCCUGCCUCAGGGAACAAAGUCCACCUACAAGCAGUGUCCCACGAAGAUCGAACGAAGUUUUCACCUCCGGGAAAUGAUCAAGAAGUCCAAAUCACAAGAAGAGGCACCCGUUGUUUUCACGGCCACUGCGACAGGCAAACCCAAAGUCGUACGUAAACAGCCCGAAGGUCUCAAGAUGCGAUACACUCCAUAUGGUGCUACUCCAAUCCAGGAAGAUGCUGAGGAUGUUGAGAUGGACGAUGUUUUCCACGUACCUUCUGAGGUGCUAGAACCCUCACCCAAGAAGAAGUCGAAAAAGUCCAAGGAGACUAUACAAGACUCCAGCAGUGGCAGGACUCCUGAGCCAACUACGUUGGUUCCGGACUCGCAAACCUCAAUAGAAAAGAAGAAGAAAAAGAAGCGGAGACUGGUUGAUGCAAACGUACUGUAGCGCAGUAUGUUCCGCUGGCUCUCUUAGGCCUCUCCUACACAUCGAGGUCGAAAUUUUUAUGCUUUACUGUAGACAUACGAGACAUGUUAAGGAAACUUUGGUCCAAUCGGGAAAAGGUUAGCGGUACCUUUAACUAAACUUAGUUGGGGACAUUCUAGCCCGAGAUCGCAAUGACAUGACAUUCCGAUACCCCACGAGAAAAAGUUUCAAGAUCUCAAG